AUGGAGCAUGUGUCUGAGGAUCCGUCAACCGGGAAUGGAGGUGGCAGUACCCUGAAAAGAAAUGGUGCGGAUCAAACGGUGGAGAAGCUUCCUCAGAUCCAACUUGACGGAGACAAUGACAAGGGCGAAAACGAGAAUGAGAACGACAGAGGAUUGUCCGACAUGUCACAAUACGACAACCACAAUAUCUUUGUCCAUGGAAAUCGACCCAGAUAUUUCCGCGAUCGAGGAACCACCAACCUUGACGGGGCGUGGGAUGAGUAUCUCUAUCUUUGUUUGAUCCUGAGGAAUCUCGAAAGGAUCAACGCCCGCGUUGACCAUCUCCACAAGGUACUCGAGAAGCUGACGGGGUGGCGUGAAGAAGAUGACAGGACGAGCAAUUCAAAGAUGAUGCACAGGUCGAAACAAACACGGUUCAACGAUGCAUACGAGGAGUGUAGAGAGUGGCUGGUGGAUUUCAUUGCUUGGAGCCCCAUCCCGCAGUUGCAGGGUAUGGUUCAAGCCGCGCGAACGAUCGUGAGGGCUCAUGUGGCGGUGUCAGAGGGACUGCUGGAGAGGGACGAGGUGGUUCGUGUGGUGGAUGAGAACGCUGGGAAAGCGGCGCUACAGGGGACAUUCGAGGAGAGGAUUCGGAUGUUGUUGUGGCAGGCGCCAGAUGAGUGUAAGGAUGUCUCGAUAUGUUUGAGGUUGUUGGACUGGCCUUACUCGUACUCCCAUGCGGUUGAGCGACGGUCGGAAGGGAAUGAUGGUUGUACCUGGAUGUACAAGAGUGGUUGA